AUGGUCCAAACAGUAGCUACUGUUAUUUAUGGCAAAAUGUCAAUUAGUGAGGAAUUUAAUAACUCACGGUUCACAGCAACAUUAGAGAACGCUCAGUAUUUACUCACCAUCAGAAAUAUCAGCAAAGAGGACGAAGCAACAUACUUCUGUCUCAGUGGAUCUACCUAUACAAUAAGUCCUGUUAAUGGCAUCUUCUUGGCUGUGAAAGAUCAUAAUGAGCAGAAAUCUCUCUCCGUGAAACAAAGUCCGGAGACUGAGUCGGUCCAGCCGGGCGGCUCAGUGACUCUCCAGUGUUCACUUCUCUCUAAGAACAAAGAGAACAGAGUCCAGUGUCCAGGUGAACACAGUGUGCACUGGUUCAGAUCUGGAUCAGGAGAAUCUCAUCCAAGCAUCAUUUACACUCACAGUGAUAAACAAGAAGAAAGAAGUUGUGACUACAGUCUGUCAAAAACUAUCCAGAACUCCUCUGAUACUGGGACUUACUACUGUGCUGUGGUCACAUGUGGAGAGAUCCUGUUUGGUGAAGGAACCAAAGUGGAAACAAAGUCAGAGAGGAUUGAACACUUCAGGGUCACUAAGUCUCCGGGACGGACUGGAUCAGAUGAAGGGACUGCAGUGAUGUGA